GAGACCUGGCGGCAUCACAGAUCGGACAUCGGUUAUAGUAGGAUUCUGUACCUCCGACAUUGGUGACUUAUGCCACAACAUUCUGAUUUUGUUCGGUGAGACAUUUUGGGCUACCAUAUCGGUGACCUUCUGGAUUCUAUCUCGGUGACAUCUGGCGCUGUCCAUAUCCCCCACUUCCAUCGUCUCUCCUCCCAUCGUUCAUCUGUGUAUGGUUGUACGGGGCCUGAAGCAUCGUCUAUGAUUGGUUUCAGACCCCACCAUCUCACGACUGCUUGCGUGUUGAGUGAUGUCUGGGUGAGUUCAGUCUAUGUGAGUCAGUCCAUUUCUCAGACUUCCGCUGUAUACAUGCUCAUCCUAUAUUGGUUGAUCUCUGGUUCUGCCCAUACUUGGUGAAGUAUUCACCAGUAUGCAACAGGAGGUGGCCGAACGCGGAGAGGAGAUGGCAGGAGGAGGUGGAGGGGGCGGAGGCGAGGUGGCCCCUGAGCGGAGAAGAGGUGCGUGGAGGCAGGAAGGAGAUGGUGGGCGGUGGCAGAGGGGAGGUGGCCGAAGGCAGAGAGGAGAUGGCAGGAGGAGGUGGAGGGGAGGUGGGCGGCGGUGGAGGCGAGGUGGGCGCCGGGCGAAGAAGAGGUGGGCGGAGGCGGAGGGGAGAUAGCUGGAGCGGAAGGGAGGUGGGCGGAGGGGAAGCGACCCGUCAAUCAGUCAACGAAGAGAACAGCAGGCGAGGCGCUGGACCCGUCCCAGCACCCAUUAUAAUUAAAUUAUCAUGAUCUUUCGCUUGAUGGAGAGGUGAGGCACCAUGUGUUCUUGAUCAACCGACGUCAAUCCACAAAGUAUUCCGUGCACACUGCACAUGUGCUUGCCUCUUUGCUGAUUCUGCAUAUUUCUUAUCUCCAGGUCAAUGGCAGUUCAUCAGAGCACAUUGUGAUUUUUCUGUGAUUUUCUUCCUCACAGUCUCCCUGCAUAAACCAGGAUAAAAAUAAUUUGCAAGGACCACAUUCGAUCCUUUCGCACUCGCAAGGAUGAAAAAUAAUUUGCGCGCACCACUUCUUCUAUUUUCACUUUGCCCUUUGGCACUCGCAAGCGUGCAAAAUAAAUGAAACGAACGGCCAAAUAGGAGGACUGGAAAAUUUCAAAAAUGAGGUCCAAAAAAAGUUGGAUAUCGCUUUCAAAGGGGGACAGAUCGAUGCUCAACGAAAGACACGAAUGUUUCUGUUGGUAGCCAAGCAUCGUACCUUGGGAGACGAUCGUCAUCGUCAUCGCCGUCGUCGCCGUCAACAUUCAUGGGUGGUAAAUGCACCACUCUACUUUCCACCAGCCAUCAGUAUUUCAUAUAACUAAGCUGAAAAAGAUGCAACACGAGAACUAAACUAUAGACAGAAUAGAUAAUACAGCCACAGAGUGGCUGCAGCAUCCCCAGCACUCCCAGCACCACCGAAGGUGAAAGAACAAGCAUGUAGAUGAUCAGGAGCAGCAUCCAAGAUCGGUUCCUUUGCCUCUGACUCUCUGAAGCUCCAAAUCCUCUCUCUCUCUCUCUCUCACUGCAGCACCGGACCUC